UACAAACAACUCCAAAAAAAUCAUGAUCAUGACACGCUUUUGUGAUUUGAUAUCAAUUUUGCUUGUUUUAUAAGCCCUUUCUAUGACAAGAAUAGCACAUCACCGGUUCCGACCACUCUGAGGCAAACAGCCUCAGGAUUAAAAGACCAUCGUAUAGCCCUGUCAUGAGACUCGUCACAGCAGACAUCUAGAAGUAGACAAGCACUCACCCGAUUGGGUAGGAGGGAUGGGGGCCUUGCGAAGAAGGAGAAAAAAACCCCGAUGUGGGUACACAUCAGCCCUCACAAUUCGUCGCGACCCUGUGAGGCUUAUCUGUGACCCCAUCGUGACAUGCCUGCAGUCACGUGACAUCUCGACCCUCAGAGCGCGGCCACCACAUCGCUUUUUAAACGCCGCUGGGAAUUCGUGACAACAAACAGAAUCAGUCCACGCUGCCUCUCAGCCUGCAGCCAGAGGAUCCACCUUUCACCUGCUGUCAUCAUCAGAUCAGGUAGUACUUAUGACGAGAAAGGUAACCUGCGGCAGUGGUGGCAAAAGGACGAUCUAAAGACCUUCGAAAGUCGAACUCAGUGCAUGGUGGAUCAGUACAGUCAGUUCGUGGACAAGGAGCUGAAUAUGACCGUCGAUGGCCGCCAGACUAUAGAUGAAAACAUCGCGGACUCUGUAGGAAUUAAAAAGGCCUUCAGGGCAUAUCGCAGUGUUAUCACAGAGAGAGGCCAAGAAGAGAACAAGUACCCGACACUACCGUACUCGCAGAACCAGAUCUUCUUUAUCGGCUUUGCACAAAAUUGGUGCAUUAAUGCAGUGCCGGGUGCUCGUGCGUUCAUGCUAAGGUACCACGUCCACAGUCCAGGUUACAUAAGGGUUCUAGGAUCUAUUCAGAAUAGUGAAGAUUUUGGAAAAGUCUUCAACUGUCCCGUGGGAACACCCAUGAAUCCACAGAAAAAGUGUGAGGUCUGGUAGAAGACCACAUGAUCAAGAACGACCAUCGGCUGUAGCUGACCCUGAGGACACUUUGUUUCAACUUCUUUCCACAUUCUUUUUAAACAGAUCAUGUCACUUGAUUUGUAUCUUAAUUCUUCCAUCUUUUUAUUCUUGUAUUGCGCUUUUCUUGCUUUUUUUCUUCUUUUCUUUAUUUAUUUCUUCCGAUGACGAUUAAACGACGUGCCAGCUGUUUUAUUGGGGAAGAAGAAAAUGCUGUAUAAUUAUGUAAGAAGAUUCAAGUUCAUGAUAAUGCAAGCUGAUAUUGUAAUAAGCUUUUUUUUAGCACUUUUAAAAAAAAUUCAACUCAUAAAACAACGUUUGAUGUACGUAUGAAGAACCAGUUAUAUUUUAGUUUGGUCAGACAAAGCUAAUAUCAACAAAUUAUCUUACGGAGAGAGAGAGGUGUUGCACGUAUUUUAUUGAAUACUAUUAAUAUAGAAUAGUCAGUCUUCCUCUGACUGUAUCACAAUAGCACUUGACACCCACACGCACGUGCACACACAGUUUUGUAUAUACUUAUUGCUUUUGAUAGUUGUUUAGCAAUCUCUUUACUGAAGCUUAUUAAAAACCAAUUUUUAAAAAAAAAUUGAGGAGUACUGCUUGUUUUGUUUUUAUGCUAGACAAUUUGUUCUUAUUUUUUUUAAAAUGAAGUCAUUAGAGACAGAAAAAAAAGAGAAAUAUUAGCUUUUCUCGGAGGAAAACCUCAUAGAAGAAAGUAGACAACUGGCGUUGACAAUAUGAGAGCAGAGGUGCACAAGCUGAGUGAGAAAGGCGCAACAAUGUUCAACAUUACUUAGGGCUUACUUAGGUGAACCUCUUCGCAGUCUUGGAACAAAACAUGUUUGGGAACAGAAACUUUACCAUUUGCAAAGUCCAUCAGUCUGUUGUACAGGAAGCACUGUCAUGUUCCUCUCGCUGACUGUCACUGUCAAACUAAUGUUUGAAGGUAAACAACACCGGAAAACAAAUAAUGUGAGCAAUCGCAUUCGUUGAAGCUGUUUCUACGGGUCAAAGCUUAUUUUGUGUUAUGUCGUCUUUUAAUUUGACUUAAAGAAAACAAAAUUGUUCCAGAGGUACCCGAAGUAAGCACUGAUUUAACAAACCAAAGAGGAUGCUGUAGGAGGGGGGAGACACGAAGGUUGAAACUUAAAAACGCUGUUAUUCCCUCCCGUCCUCUGUCUCCUCCACACCCUCGUUUGUGUAGCUGCUGUUGUUGUUUAUGUUAGGACAGCUCCUUGAAUAAAAGUAGUAGUCCUUAUUGUCAAACAUGUUUUACCCGCCCCUGUCACUUCGCUAGUUUGCAGCAAACUUGUCACGUCUUUAGUGUGACGGCACACAGGUCACAGUAUAGUGUGACAACACACAGGUAACAUCGCUGGUGUCACAGCACACAGGUCACGUCACUAGUGUGACGACACAGAGGUCAGGUCGCUAGUGUGACAGCACACAGGUCACGUCACUAGUGUCACAACUCGAUGCCAUUAUCUCAGUCACGUCGCUAGAUCUACAGAACACGUGACUGCUGUUACAACAAUGGUCACGCUCCGGUCACGACACCGCACCUGCACUAUUUUACUUUUUUAAAACUUACAUUUCUUGCAGCUGUAGUUGUUAUUGUUCAGGACUAGAUUCUAUUGUUCAGCUUAGCUUCCUAGCCUGGUUAAUUAUCUCCAGUCCACGUGGCCUCGUUUCUCCUAGUCAAGUGUUUCACUAAUGUUCGUGCUAUUGUCAGGCCCGUUCUUGUACAAACACGAAUUGCUGUACACGGUACACGUCCCUGAUAACCUCUUUUUAUGUUCCUCCCUCCAAGGUACGGGUAGGUGAGUAAUCAACUCCCCAAGGGAUGACGUCAUCUGUUGUGGUUGACCGUCUUGAGUGGUCUAUGCCAGACCACAACUAACAAAAACGCAACAAAAAUAAAAGAAGACAAAAACUUCGCUAAGAAAUGAAUUUUAUUGCUUUUGAAGGAGUGAAAUGCAUGCCUAACAUUUCCCUUGGUGUUAGAUUUUUAUCACCAAGACUAUCGCGCCACCACUUCAUGCGAAAUUAAUGCAAUAAUUAAUUAAUAAACCAAUUUUGCCUUCAAAAACCUACACCAACAUUGCUUUCAGCCUCCUCUGCUACCUUCCACCUUUGGUUCAAGCUAAACAUGCAGUUGACCUUUGCGUCGUCAUAUUUUUCUUAGGAUAACGGGUCUUGGUCUGCUAGUGAACGCGCGUGCACCGUGCAGGAGAUGUGCAUCACGUGCAAACCUGUUUGCCUGCUGCAUGAUAGGAAACAAAUCAAAAUGUUAAAGGUUAUUUUACUUCGCACAAUGGUGUCUCAUGAGUAGAGACAUUGGGUCAAUUCCUAGAUAACAUGUUUAUACCUUCCAGGCGCCCAUGACUUGUGAAGGAGGGGAGAAAAUGAAGUUUGUUGUUUCGGUUUCAUUCUUUAAAAUUAAGAGGAGUGCGGGGAUGAACAGUGCACGUGACCGCAAUGUGGUGCGAGCGUGGACUGUUGUUCUGUAUUGCAGCUUCAAAAGGUAAAUGGAACUGCGAAUAUCAAAGUCCACCACGAUGAACAAGGGAAACAAUUAAGAAUGACAAUGAGUCAUGCCGUCUAUGUUGUCUAUCUCGUCUAGAGAAAAGAAAAACAAAGCAAGAAA